UGAGCGUGCGCGAGGCGAACCGAGCCGCGCGUGCCCAGUAAGUGCUUUGUGAGGGCCGCUUUCUAAAGCCGGCCCCAAAGUCCGCGGUUAGAGCAGCAGCGGGGAAGGAAUUACGGGGGUGGCCCAAUAUGGCGGCGGUGCGCGGGUGAGGUCCCCAUCCCGGAUGGAAAGUACGAUUUACACUCACACAUCCCAACAUAGUGGGGCUGGGAGCUCCCCCUUCUCUAAUUAGACGGACCCCCCAGUUCCUUUUCCAGCCCCCUUUUCUUUCCUACUUCCUACGUGCCCCCCACAUACUUUCUCUCUUGUCCACAUAAUGGGCAUGAUGAUGGCUGCUGUUGUUUGUGUGCGGCUUCCUUCGUCAGAGCCAGGCAAGCCCCUUCCCCGAGCUGCUCACGGCCUAAAAGCAACUACCAGCCACCAUGGCUAUACGUUCCCUCCACUGUUGGGGAGGGACACACACGUGUUUAGCUAAGUGGUGGAGCACCUGCCUUGAGUUCUGGGGGGUCCCAGGCUCGGUCCUUUACAUCCCCGGGUGUGGUUGUGGGGGUUGGGGAACGACUGCUGGCCCGAACCCCCCGGUAGGCUGCUGCCAGUCGGUGUAGGCAAUGCAGAACUGGAUGGACCUUCAUAAUGUGGCUCUGUGUAUAAGGCAGCUUUCUGUUUUCUACGGCAGCAUGCCUGAUUCUGGGAACUGCAUGUGGGGAAAUAGUGCUGCUCUUGCACUCAGGUCCUGGUUUGGGGUGGGGUGUCCUUUUGGGGUACUUAGUUGGCCACUGUGAGAAUGGGAUGCUGGGCUAAAAGGGCCACUGGUCCGAUAGAACCGGGAAAUUCUUAAUGUUGUUCUCUUUUGUUGUUAAAGCAGCCAUAGCCAAGGGAGAGACAAAGGCGGCUAAGGGGCUAAAUGUGAACAAACGCACAUAGGUUUGCUUCAGACUCCUUCGCACAGUUGGGAUGCAGCCAGAAGCCACAGAGAAAAGGUGAGUUUGUGAGGGUUUUGACAAAUGGGAGAGGUUGCAAGCUUCUCAGGACGUAUUUUCUGCAUAUACCGGUAUCGUUCCUCCUUAUUUUUGCCCACACUAAUGUGGUGCUUUAAGGUGCUACAAAACCCCUUGUUGGCAUUGCUGCAGCAUGGCUACCCCUUUGGAAUUCACUCUUGACCCUCAUCUUAGAUUCAGAAUGUCACCAACUAUUAGGUAAUGCUCCACUGUUUCCACCAAUUUGUCCUCUUCCCUCAGAUUCUUCUUACCAUCCCUUGCACUCCAAAUAGGUGCUGCCUCUCUCCUUUUCUAUGCAUUUUUUGGCCUCUUUUAUGCUAUCCAUUCUCUUAUAGGUAAUGUACUCCUCUUCCUUCACCAAUUUCCCCCUUCUCAGAUUUCCUUUAUUAUCCUUAAUUGGCUUGCUGUGCUUGUGUUGACCAUCCCUCAACCACACAGUGCCAGCAUGCAUAUUUGUAAUUCUUCCCUAGGUUCCUUUUUUGUUUUGUUUUAAUAUUUAUUUUAUUUAUUAUUAUUAUUACAUUAAUAGCUACAUUAAUAGCAGAUGUUUUCUGGGGAGUUCACUCUCUGGUUCCAUUUCUCUCCUUGCAACACCACCUGUUUAUUUAUAUACCAGUUUUUGGCCCUGCCCUAGGUAAUGAAAGUGGAAUUAGUUGUUUCUAAGAUUAUUUUAUUAUCAUUUAUUUGGUGCAUUAGUCUCCUACUAAAAGUUUAAGCAACUUACAAAAAGGCUAGAAGCCAAAAAGUCAUAAUAUUUCAAUAAAAUUAUUCCAACAAUCCACAAGGAAAACCUCCUGAUUUGCAGGAGGUGUUAUUAUAUAUUUAAUUUGAAAAAGGUUAAAACUGAUGGGCAUUUAUUUCCAUUUCUUCCUCCACAGCAAUUUCCUCUUGUACAUUUGAUAGAACAAAGAAGGGGACACCAUGCCGACUGUGGUGGUGAUGGAUGUGUCCCUCUCAAUGACCCGGCCAGUCUCAAUUGAGGGCUCUGAAGAAUAUCAGCGGAAACAUCUUGCAGCUCAUGGCCUGACCAUGCUGUUUGAACACAUGGCAACCAACUACAAACUGGAAUUCACUGCUUUGGUUGUGUUUUCAUCCCUCUGGGAACUGAUGGUUCCCUUCACAAGAGACUACAAUACGCUCCAGGUACAAAAUAUAAAGGCAGAGAAUGUUUUUGUUGCAUUGUAAAUAUGAAUUAGGACUGAUUGUCAUUCUCAAAACUCCAACUCAGUCCUGUAUAAUUGAGCAGCAAGUUGCAUAUAGAGUAUUUUUCUAACCCCAGCCAACUAGUAUGUAACUUGUGUUGACAGGAAGCCCUGAGUAAUAUGGACGAUUAUGACAAAACAUGCUUGGAGUCUGCUCUGCUUGGGGUUUGCAAUAUUGUGCAACAGGAAUGGGGGGCUGCCAUUCCCUGCCAGGUAAGAUUUUAGACUAUUCCAGAUGAUGACUGCUAUAAAUUAGGGUUCAGGAUUGAGCAGACUACAUGCAUCUGCAGGAAAAAAUUUCACAUCCUGGUAAGGUGUACUAAGCAUACCCUUUUUUGUGAGCAAGAAGUAUCCUGUCAGAAAGUUAUCCUUGCCACUCAGUACUUUCUGUUUGCCUCUUUUGCCACAGGAGUAUUAGUUGAAGGAGCGGGUUGUAUCUCUGAGGUUUCCUUUUGGCCUAAGAGCUUCUAAUUUGUUGGCCCUUAUUAAACACUGUCACAUCCUGUAUAAUUCUAAUGCAUAGGGGCCUUCCUAUAGAGGUUCACAUGAUGUACUACUAGCAAAGAGAAGCCUGAAGGCACAUUCAAACCUCACAUGGGAAAACACCCCAAGAACUUGGGAAAGAAAUAAUGAUUUUGUAGGCUGGCCUUUCCAACAAGUCUGAGUUAAGCUGUUAUAAUCCCCAUAUUGCAGGUGGAAAACUGAGGAUGUGAAAUCUCAAACUGGUACUUCUAAAAUCGACUGACAAGUGCUUGCAGCAUGGGAUAGUUUUUGGAGAUCAACAUGUUUGUUGGGUCACUGCUUCUCUUGUUCCCUCCUUGCUAGGUUGUCCUUGUUACUGAUGGCAGCUUGGGCAUUGGAAGGGGCUCUCUCCGACACUCUUUGGCUACUCUUGGCCAACGAACUGAAAGCAACCGGUUCCCUCUGCCUUUUCCUUUCCCAUCAAAGCUAUACGUCAUGUGCAUGGCCAAUCUGGAGGAGGUGAGUCCCCUUUGGCUUUAAACAAGGUUUGCUCUUGGUUUGUCUACAGAAGACAAACCACAAGCCUGAGUUUGGAUUUUAUGAUGAGAUAAAUUAUGGCUUAGCUCACAGCAGUGCAGCAGCAGCAAGACCAAAGAAGCAGAAUGGGGAAAUUGCCUCUCCAGGAAGCUGCCUGCUCGCACAAAGCUAUAGUUUGGCAUUACAUGCAACUGGGACACUGUGUGUGAAGUUGUGCUUUCUUUUGUUAAAGCUCCAGAGCUCAGAUUCUUUAGAUUGUCUUGAACGGCUCAUAGACUUAAACAACGGAGAGGGUCAGAUUUUUACUAUUGAUGGACCCCUUUGCUUGAAGAAUGUGCAGUCCAUGUUUGGGUGAGUACACCUGUGAUCAGCAUUGCUGUGUAAAUGCUAUCCUUCAACACAGAGUCUUGCAUGACAUGGUGUGGGUUUGUUUCCUUCUCUUCCUACCUAGCACAGAUAAGUUAUUGGGUAACUUUUCCACCAAUAUAAUUCAGUCUUCUGAUGCUAAUGUGUCCUCUGCCUUUCAGUUGUGACUAUUGUCCCUUCUUGUUUGUCUGCAAGGUUAGUUUCCUCCACAGUCUCCCCCCCCCCCUUGAGUAAUUACUAAUAUUUGAUGGUAAUUAUCAUAGAAUUGUAAUGUUCGACGGGACCCUGAGGGUCAUUUAGUGCGCUCCCUUGAAAUUCAGGAAUCUCAACUAACGCAUCCGUGACAGAUGGCCGUCUAAAUUUAGUGCUAUAAACAUUGAUUUGCAAGGUUUUUUGAGGAGAAAAUCAGGAAUGGUCACAGUCCAGCCACAGUUAAGUACAAAGUCUCACUAAUGUUAAUACUUUGAUGAAUUGGACUUUAAAAUGCUUAACUUUGGCCGGCUGGUGCUCCAGCUUCCAUGUUUGCUCCAAAGUACAAGAUAGAUAAAGUAAAUGAAAUGAACAGAUAAGAUAAGACAUAAAUUUUGGGAUGAAAAGAUCAUGAGUUGCACACAAUUCUGUUGGCAGGAUAGUAAUUUAAUCAUAUGAGCAUUGCUACAUAAAUUGACUUCUCUAUGAAUCCUCCAUUCCCCUUGCUUCCAAAGCAGAGCUCUCCAAAUUUGACAGAUAAAACUCUUGGAAUUGUGGUUUUCCAUGUACUGCAGGAGAUUUGUUGUCAUUGGCACUCUUAGAAACUACAGUGCCUGCUUCCUUAAUGGAGUCUAUGGCAGCUUAAGCUAGUUUAAGACCAGUUUAACUGUGUAGCUAUGUCAUAGAGAACUCCUAGGAUCAUAAGAAACUGCCUUAUCUUUACACGUUUGCCUAUCUAGGUCAGUAUUGUUUACACCAGCCUUUUCCAGCCUUUGGUCUUCCAGAUGUUGGACCACAGCUCCCAUAAUCUCUAUUAGCUGUGGUGGCUAGAGUCUUUCCCUGCCUACCUAGAAGUGCCUUGGAUUGAACCUGGGACCUUUUACCACUGACCUAUCUUUUAACUGCUCUCCCAGCAUCAUCUACAAAGGGCCUUAUUUAUCACUGAUCUUAUGGCCGCUUUCUUAGCUCUUCUUUCUGAUGAAAAAAUUCCUGUUGCUUGAAAGAUCACAUAAUUCUUUGCAACUAGAAAUGAAUGGUCAAGCAAAAGAUGUCUUGUCACCAGUCUUCCCACCCAUUAAACAUCAUCUAAACAAACUCCUUGUUUGGAUUUAACUUUUUGUUUUAAUGAUAAGCUCUCUUGUUCUAGAAAGCUAAUAGACGUAGCUUAUACCCCCUUCCAUGCUGUUCUGAAAUGCGGCCAUUUGUCUUCGGACGUGCAAGCCUUUCCGAGGCCGGAGCCUUUCAUUAUAGAUGAGGAAAUCGAUCCAAUCCCUAAAACAAUUAAUACGGGUAAGUAGCUGCUUCUUUUCUGGCAACAACUUUGAUUUAGCUCCUCCUCCUCGGCAGUUUCUUCCUCUGACUUGGGCUGUGGAAUGUAGCCAUCUGUCCCACUUCUGACACUUAGUAUUGAAAGUUCUAAAUGACUCAGGCGACAAGGAUGUGGAAGACUGCCUCCUUCCCUAUAGACACUCUCAGGGGUUGUGAUCGUCAGAGGGGGACUUCUUGGUUGUUCCACCACUCUCAGAAGCUUGAGGGAGGGUGGCCCAGGAGAUGGUAUUCUCAGUGGCAGGCCCCAAUUCUGGGAUUUGAAACUGAAGAUGAACCACUGUGGUCUGGUUGGAUUCCACUUUGGAAUGGUCCUGGUCUACUUUUGAGAGGGCCAGGAGCAUGUGUGAGAUGGUGUGUUCCUGUUUAGACAUUAUGUGGGUGUGUGGAAGAAAUCCCUAGCUGGCGUGUUUUUUGAAAUCUGAUCCCCUACCUUCUCUCUGUUUUCCCCCCUUUUAGAUUUGGAAAUAGUUGGGUUUAUUGACAUAGCAGAUAUCUCCAGUCCCCCUGUCCUAUCUAGGCAUUUGGUGUUGCCUAUUGCUCUCAACAAAGGUGAGCCCUUCUGCUCUCUCCCCUCCCCACACCCAGCAGCGACAACUCUGUAUUUUUAGUCUGUUGAGCAAUGAUCUGGGCAGUGUGUGGUGUGUUGGUUAGAGUCCUGGGCUAGGACCUGGGAGACAAGGAUUCAAAUCCCCACUUGACCAUGAUGCUCCCUGAGUGACUUUGGGAGCUAGUCAUGAUCUCUCAACCUAGCCUAUCUUGCAGGAUUGAUAAAGGGAUGAAAUGUGGGGGGGGAGAACACAAACUUGAGUUCCUUGGAGGAAAAAAGUGGGAUAUUAGCAUAAUAAAGAAUGAUAUCUAAGCAGUAGUAGUAUUAGUAGCAAUAACAACCACCACCACCCCAGUGAGAGGAGGCAGGUUCUGAUAGUGUCUUAUUUUCCCUUUUCCCUAGAAGGAGAUGAGGUGGGUCCUGGGAUUGCUGAUGAGGUUGAAGACGAGAAUUCGGCUAAUCAGAUAGCGGGCAAGAUCCCAAACUUCUGUGUGUUGCUUCAUGGGAGCCUGAAAGUCGAAGGCAUGGUGGCUAUUGUGCAGUUAGGGUACGAAGGGUCCGGGGGAUGGGGGGAGGGGGCUUGUGGUUCUGGAGAACAGAGAUGUUAUUGGCUAAAAUUCUAUGUAUUUGGGACCAGUGAUUGAUGUUCAGUUCAUUUAGUAUUGGAAAAGGGAGACUGGAUUUAUCUCUCAGAUGUCCUUGAUGGGCGACUUAUGUCUGCCACAACAAGGCAGGGGUUCCAGAAGCUUCUGAAACAGGGGUGGGAAAGCCUUUGUUCUGCCUGAGGGCCACAUUCACUCCAAGUAAUCUUCCAGGGGCUUCCAGGUGGGCAGGGUCAAAGGCAAACAGAGGAUGGAGCAAACAGGCAAUUCUUGCUAUUAUACACAGUAGGUAACAUGCCAGCCACAGAAAACCCAAGAGGUUUCUACACUCGCCCACAUAUCCCUGUAGCCAGGCAAAAGCCCUCAAGGAGGGGGGUCACAGAGCAGGGCCAGCAUGGGGCCGAAGCCUGGGGAAGAGUCACAAGGGCCACAUUUGGAAACUUCCACAGCAGAGGCCCAGUCUUGGAACAAAGUGACCCUAAACAUUUCCUGAAAAUUAAUAGAAGAAGAGGGCAGGUAGAAGUUUGUGAAAUAAUGCCUGGCAUGGAGAAAGUGGAUAGAGAAAUGGUUUUCUCCCCUCUCUCAUAACACCAGAAUGCAUGGACAUCCAGUAAAGCUGAAUGCUGGACGAUUCAGGACAGAUAAAAUAAAGCAUUUCAUUCAGUGCAUAGUUAAGCUAUGGAAAUUGCUCCCCCGGGAGGCAGUGAUGGCCACGAACUUAGAUCGUUUUAAAAGAGGACUGGACCAAUUCAUGGAGGAGAAGGCUGUCAAUGGCUACUAGCCAUUACGUUUAUGCUCCGCCUCCACGGACAGAGGCAGUAAUUCUUCUGAAUACCAGUUGCUGGAAACCACAGGAGGGGAGAAAGCUCUUGUACUUGGGUCCUGCUUGCAAGCUUCCCGUUGGAGCAUCUGGGUGGCCACUGUGAGAACCGGACUGGAUGGGCCAUUGGCCUGAUCCAGUAGGCUGUUCAUAUGACAGAUCAUUUGUGACUUCUGUCUGUCUUGUAGUAGUGAGAAGCUGCAGGGAAAGGGAAUGCCCAGCCCCAGAUUGGCCAGGGUGUUUUCUUUGGAGCAAGAAUGGUAGAACUGCUUGUGGAUGUUCUGCUUUUCUUUUCAGCCCUGAAUGGUAUGGGAUGCUGUAUUCUCAGGCUGACAGCAAGAAGAAGUCCAACCUCAUGAUGUCUCUCUUUGAGCCGGGUCCGGAGCCUCUUCCUUGGCUGGGGAAGAUGGCCCAACUUGGCCCCAUCUCAGGUAGGGGUCAUGCCUGUCUGAAUGGUUCUAGCAAUCCCCUCGGCGUUUGAGACACUAGUCUUCCCAAGCCCAUUUCCUCCCCUGUUGGGUCCAUGAGUUCUACACCACAGAUUCCCCGUUCAUUUCAGUGAAGGCUCCUGAUGUAGUUCCCUCUUUUUGCUCACAGAACUGCCCCAACCAUUGGUGUGCAAAUGGUGAGGUUCUGUGCACACAGGAACUUUUGGUGUACAUGUUCCACCUUGGAUCAAGGGCUCUUGUGUCCUGCGAAUCUCUUCACAAUUUUUUAGAGUCCCCUUUUCAAGCAUCCGGUCCAUAUGUCCAGUUGCUUGGCUUGCUUGUAAGUGGUCUCGUUCUUCAGCGAUUUAUUUUCCUUUCAGAUGCUAAAGAGAACCCAUAUGGCGAAGACGACAACAAGAGUCCCUUUCCAUUACAACCCAAGAAUAAACGCAGCUAUGCACAGAAUGUAACAGUGUGGAUUAAACAAAAUGGCCUCCAGGUGAGCAGAGGGCUGAAUUCAAAGCCCACAGCAGGCAUCCACUUUCUCUUGUGCUCCCAGGUCUGUGUGUGGGAGGGGAUUCUCAAGAGGCUUUCAGUUUGAUAGACGCUCCACAGUGGGGGGGAAAGCCCAGAAGGUUGGGCCUGUUUUCUUGAAAGGCCCCUUUUUCCCCCCCGCCUUCACUGUGCAGCCCCAGGGCACAUGGAACAGGCUUUUACAUCAACCUGCUGCUGGACAACAGCUGUGGGCAGUAGGACUUAUGAGUGCUGAACCAGAACCUGAAAGACCAGGGUUCAAGUACCUCAGCAUAACCUACCUUGCAGGCUGGUUGUGAGGAUGAAAUGGGAAGGGACAGAACCACAUAUGCCCCCUUCAGCUCCUGGGGGGAUGGGGGGGAGGUAGGGCUGUAAAUGCAGUGAGUGAAGCCUCGUGGAAUUAGACCAGAGUUCAGCUCCUGGUCUACUCCUUCUCAGUAGCCUCGGGCAAGAUGUACUAAUCUCUCUGCCUCAGUUCUCCAGCCAUAAUAAAAGAAUGAAGACUGUCUGGAGGUUUCUGUUGGUGUAAAAAGUGGGUGGCUGCUUCUGGGUGUGGGCAGAUCACCUUGGUGCUCACAGGAUUCAUGUCAGCCUGCUGUCAACUUCUGGUACAGUUCCAAGGUUUCUGAGCAGUAAAGCGUAUUCCCCAUUAAGAAUGCUACUGUGCGGGAAGGGGGUUUGAGGGUGUGUGGUGGUGAAGUUGUCCUUUUUUGUACCUGUAAGGGGGUGGGGGAUGAAGUUUCAAGCUCCAGCAAGCCAGGCAUGUUUUCCCUUUCCUUUCCCCGCAGACAGAUGUGCAGAAGAUACUUAGGAAUGCAAGGAAGCUCCCUGAAAAAACACAGACUUUCUACAAGGUGAGAGCGGCAGGCUCCCGUGGCACCCUGGUCUCCAGGGGCUCUCUUGCAGAGGCGAAUAAAUUGCAACUCACUCAGUGCUUUUUCUUCCCUGGUAGAACAGAGAGAGCUAGUUGUGUCUUAGCAGCAGUGAGAGCUGGCAUAGUUGGCUUAGAGCAGCUGUUCUCCAGCUCAGGGCUGGAGAGCCCUGGUUUGUACUUGGUUGGCUCAAAGGUUUCUCAGUGGAGGAGUCAGUAGCUGGAGGCUAACUUCCCUGAAAGAGGACAAUGUACACCUCCUUCCCGUGUAACGUGCAGUUGUGUGUGUUCUGAAGUGCACUCUUCGUUUACUUACAAGGAAAUAGCCAGUGCUCUGUUUAAAUGAACUGUACACCUCCAGAGGUGCACUCCAGAAUCCUUUGCAACAUGCACGGAUCCUUGGCAGACAACAGCAGCGUGUAUGCUAGUACUACCCAGUGAGACAAAGUGUAGAAGCCUCUGGCCUUAAUGCAUUUAAAACAGGGAUAAGGAAUCUGUGGCUCUCCAGUUUGAUUCAACACACCCACCCAGCAACAUCUGGAGAGCCACACACAUCCCCUAUCCUUGAUUUUAGAAGCACCCGUUUAGAGUGAAUGAUGAACUCAUUCUACUUUAGUGUUGCACUAGACUUUUUAUUUCCCCCCAUUCAGAUGACAUUAUAAUUUUAAGACCUCCCAGUACUGCACAAGUGCUUGAUUAGAAAGUGUUCUCUCUCCAGUGGAGGCUGGUCCACUAGGGAGAAUGGGGAACAGUAGAUCGCACUGGCUGUCAGCUUCUUCCUCCAUUGUCUCAGUGUUGCACUUGUAGAAAGUUGGGGAGGAAGUCUGGGAUAAAACUAGAGUUGACUCAGGCUCCACCUACUGUUGGCCUCCUGCGUUACACCCCAUCAGUCUCAACUGACACCAACACUGCUGUCUCUCUUAACUCCUUUCUAGGAGCUGAAUCGCUUGCGAAAGGCAGCCUUAGCCCUUGGGUUUUGGGACCUGUUGAAAGGCGUAGCAGAUAUACUUGAAAGGGAAUGCACCCUCCUGCCAGACACAGCCCAUCCAGAUGCCGCCUUCCAGCUUACCCACGCUGCUCAGCAGCUCAAAAUGGCAGGCAGUGGCACCUCGGAAUAUGCCACCUAUGACCACAACAUCACACCUCUGCAGACAGACUUCUCCAGCAGUGGGACAGAGCGCCUGUGAUGACCCUCUAAAGCGAAACUUUGACCAUCAUUGAUUGUUUUCUUAACUAUUGUAUUCCAAGCUUGCUCUGUAAGAGCAGACUGUAUUAUUAAAUUUGUUACAUUUUCAUCCCUCUUUCCUUCCUAUCACA